AUGCUCCUCCACUCUGCUGGGUUCCUACUGUCAUCUAUCUCUGCAACAACGAUCCCUUUUGGCUUCAAGAAGACCGACUCCGUUACAGUUUCAACAGACAGCGCUCUCUCAGUUUCUGCCCAAGUAUCCGGGACCAGUAGUACUUCUGUGAACGCUGCGGUCGACGGUACCGAUGGUCGCACUCUGGUCACAACAACGACCAGUACCUUCAACCUGAGUACGGUCGUGCCUGUCGUUAUCAAAAUUGGCACGAAACUCACAACCAUUCUACAAGCACCAGCUUACACGCAAAAUUCAUAUGCGUCCAUUGAAGACCAGCCUGCAUGGGUCAAUUCGCAAACCAUCGCUGUCCUCGCGCCUGUCAUUCCCGGAUUCAUCAACACCAGCGACCCUAUUCACUAUGAGCCUUCCAUUCAAAAGACUAUCCAGUAUGCCACUACCCCGAAUGGCGCCACUGCUCAACGCGACUUCUCCAAUAUCGAGCUCGACUUCCAUCACCCUGCAGUGGUGAUUGAUCAUACAGACUAUAUCCAGGCUUCCUAUGUGAAUCCGAAUGUGAUGGAGUUGCAUUUCACCAACGAGCAAGCUGUCCAAUACGCUGCCACGCAAUGGCUUCCCGCUGGACAAGCUGCAGUGGUGCUUGUUACAUUCUUGCCUGGCUCCGCAGACUAUAAGCUGGGAGGCAAUACGUAUUUCACUGCCGUCAGUAUUGCCUGCAAUAUACAGCAGCUCAAGUGCACAGCACAAGGUAUCGACGGCGGGGUAGAAUCAGCAGUGAAGCACUUUAGUGCGGAAUUUGGCAAGGACGAGGUUCCCCAGGACUCAAACUCAGAGACGGAUUCGCAAGGACUGGGCAGAUCAAAACCUGUUGUCUCAACCAAUGGCCUUCCCGCAUGUGCUUUCGGAGACGACUUUGAUGAAUGUCUUGAUCGUCAAUUGGGCUACAUCACCCUCAAAAAGCAUCUCGCGGCUGGUGUCGAUAAGACCGUGACCGGUGCGACACGCAACGACAAGAGCCACCCUGCCGACAAGCGACAUUCAGCGAAACGAAAAAUGAUUUCCAAUUACAAGAAGUCUCGUCGAAACAAGAAGUUUCGCUCGUUGUUGAAAAAGGUCUUCCGCAGCAUCAAGAACGCCAUGCAGAAAAACGUCAUCGAGCCAGUCAGGAAACCGGUGCAAUUAGUGCAGAACGCAAUUCAGGAGUCUACAACAAUUAACAAGACUUUGAAGACAAAAACGUCAUUUCAAUUUCCUUCCACCCAUUAUUCGUACGACAAAUCGCCUUUCAAUGGCAAGGCCAUCUCCAUUGUGCAAGAUGAUGACUUGAGCGCAUGGUGUGUAGACUGUUCCACCUCAGGCUCCGUUUCAAUCUCUGGUCGCCUUGCUGCUAACCUCAUUGACGGCUUUACACAGGCAUAUAUCAGCCUAAAUGGCAGCAUUGCUGCGGAGGUCAAUCUCGGCAUAGACGCCAAGGGACCACUCACAAAGACUUACAAGAAGCAGCUUGCUGAAAUCGGUGUUCCUGGACUCAGUGUGCAGCCCUUUUACCGCGUUGGUCCAGCUUUGGUCUUUGAGGUCGAAGCAGACCUUGGACUUGAGUUGCAAAGUCAGUUCUUGGCCGGUGCUCGCGUCGAAAUCAACAACUUUGAAGCUCGUGUUGAUGCUCUUCAUUCGAGCAAGAGCUUUGGGCGCAAUGUUUCGCCAGUCCUAACCAAGCGCUUCGAGGCGAAGGGUCAAGUGAAGGGAUCUGUGGAUAUUGGUCUACCAGUCAGUAUUGCAUUCGGCAUUGACGUCUUCAGCGGAAAGUUCAAGCGCGACAUUGCUCUAGUUGACCAGCCAGGUGUCCAUUGGGAUGCUGCCAUUGCCUUGUAUGCUUCUGCCACUGAAGCGCCAAGACUUGUUACCAUCAAUGGCUGUAAAGGUGUCGACACGAACGUUAAUCUCUUCAACAAGGUCUAUGCGGUCGUUGGCACCAUCAACUAUCCUAUCUUUGACUUUGCAGUCCCUGUCGCUGAGUCCUGUUUCGAAAUCGCAGGCGUUCAGGAUGCGCCAUCCAGUGCAACUGUGCAGCAAGAAGCACCAAAUACACCAUUCUCAGCCAAUCCUGCUGAGGCGACUCCAACAUCCACGGCGGACGGUAGCGGCACGGUCAUGGUCGGCCAGCUUGAACAUCUCACAACCUUCAAUUCAAGCGAUUCUCUUGAUGGCUACGCUGUACCCACCGACCUUCUCAGCAAAGCUCCAAUCUCGUCGGCAGCAGCUGGUGUCAAUCUCACUGACCAUGAAGUACUCGUUCGCAUCGUCAACAAGGAUAACCAGCUUUUAUGGCUCAGCGAUCCGGAUGGCAAUUUUUACCUGGCGGAGAUGUCCAAGGCUGAUGAAAGUACCGGGCUCAUUGACUUCAUCUCGCACGACGAAGCGCUUGUCUUUGCCAAUCCACGAGAGCAAGACAUGUUCUUCUACGACGACGAGAUGAACAAGCUCGGUGUUUCUCGACUCAGGACAAACAUCGAUUCCCUGACUCCCAAAACGGCAACUCUUCUGAGCUUUCAGUCCAUCGACUAUGGCGAUGAUUCAUCGGCUAUCGGUGCCUUUGACCAUCAGCAAAACAUGUUCUAUGUCAUGACAUGCGACAUCCCGUCUCGAGGGACGAUGCUCUUUGUGGCAAAAGACCCAACGUCUGGUGCAAAGACACUGAUGAGUGAUGCCGUGCAAAACAGCAUCACGGGAGGCAAAGUCACCGACUGCUACCAUCUCGACUAUUCGCUUGUUAAGGCUACGGACGUCUGA